AUGUCGGUGCGUGUUCAAUACAUUCUCGAUUCGGUCAUCGAAGCAUUAGUGGAUAAUCCAGAACGAUGUUUUAUCUAUGUUGAAAUCGCCUUUUUCUGGCGUUGGUGGAACGAACAAUCGAACGAUACGCGUAACAUCGUCAAGAAGCUCGUGAACGACGGAGCGAAAUUUUUACGUGAUCAAGUUGGUGAUUGUGCUCGACCAAAGAUUGCCUGGCAAAUCGAUCCGUUUGGUCAUUCACGUGAAGCUGCAUCACUUUUUGCACAGAUGGGCUUUGAUGGUGUAUUUUUUGCACGACUCGAUUAUCAAGAUGAAGAUCGACGUAAUCAAACAAAAACAAUGGAAUUUGUCUGGAAGGGUAGUGUCAAUUUAGAUCGUCGAAGUUGGUUAUUUACAAGCAUUUUGUCGAAUUUUUACGAUCCACCAGACACGUUCUGUUUCGAUCAGUCUUGUCAAGAUCCACCUAUUAUGGACGAUCCCCGUUUACAUGAUUACAAUGUUCCUGAACGAGUUCAAGGGUUCAUCAAUGCUGCACACGAUCAGGCAAAAGGUUUUGUUACUAAUCAUAACAUAAUGACAAUGGGUCGCGAUUUUCAAUAUGAAAAUGCUCAUACAUGGUUCACAAAUUUGGAUAAAUUGAUGAACAUUAUAGAUGAGGCAAUGGGUAUUGCUCAACAUCACGAUGCAAUUAGUGCAACAGAGAAACAACAUGUUGCCGAUGAUUAUGCUCAACGAUUAUCUAAAGGAAUAGACAAAUCUGCGAAUGUGAUCAAUAAUGCUUAUGCGAAAUUAUUGCCUAAGAAAAGUCAAUUACCAAUGGCAGCACCUCAAUUUCGUUGUCAAUAUUUAAAUAUCAGCGAAUGUUUACCUAUUGAAGGACAAAACCGAUUCACAUCGACACUUCGGAAUCCAACUAUUCAUCCCGUUACUUAUCAUGUUCGUGUGCCCGUGACAAAAGAAUAUUUGAUUCGCGAUCCAAUGGGAAAUGUUGUACCAGCUGAAUAUCGUCCUAUUUCAAAUAUGACACAGAAUAUUCCUGCCCGAGAGAGUUCUGCUCGAAAUCAGUACAUAUUCACGGUUGCGCUAUCUGCUCUUGGCUUUAGUACUUAUUAUUUCGAAAUAAAAAAAGUUAGUGAGAAGAUCGAAAGAAAGAAUGUGACAAAAGUACCAAAGGAAAUGUGCUAUUUGAAGAAUGAAAAUCUUCGAGUAGAAUUUGAUGAUCAAGGCAAUCUACAUCAGAUUAUCAAUUUGAAGAAAAAUAUUUCGGUAUCAUUUGCUGCACAGGGCUUUUACUGGUACACGAGUUUUCCGGGUAACAAUUCUGCUAUCGAAUUUCAAGCAUCCGGAGCGUAUGUUUUCCGACCAUUGACAUCGGAAGUACAGCCUGUGAGCACUACUCGUACUAUAACGUGUACAAAAACGAAAACAGUUCAAUCGGCAUUAAUUGUAUUUAAUGAAUGGGUCAGUCAGGAAGUCAAUCUUUACCAAGAAAUGUCAUCUGUUGAAGUUGAAUGGACAGUCGGACCCAUUCCGAUUGAUGAUAAUGUUGGUAAAGAGAUUAUUGUACGGUACGAUACUGAUAUUGAUAGUGCAUCGAAAUAUUCUACGGAUGCCAAUGGACGUGAAGUACUCGAACGAAUACGAAAUUAUCGACCAACAUGGAACUAUUCGAUUGUUGAAAAUGUUAGUGAUCGAUCUCAAGGAGGUGGAAGUAUUCACGAUGAUUCACUUGGCGUCGAUGAACCAUUAAAUGAAACAGCCUUUGGCAAAGGUCUUGUAGUACGUGGUAGACAUCUUCUCAUUGUCGAGUCACCUGCAAACAGUGGUCUUGCUCAUCGAGUCGCCGCUCAACAAUUGUUCAUGAGUCCGAUUAUUACUUUUGCUUCAUCCCAAAUAUCCUAUGCAAAUUACUCGAAUCAAACUUAUUCACAGCCGGUCAGAAUUGAUCUACAAACAUUAUUCAAAAGUCUCGGCACAAUUACUGGCGUAAUCGAAUUGGCACUUGGGGCCAAUUUGCCUCUGUCCCAAUUGCAACGGCUCAGUUGGAUGACAAAUAAUAACGAAUCGUCACAUAUUGACAUGUCAAAGUCAUCUUUCCUAAAAGAUACAAUAGUCAUGCUCAAUCCAAUGGAAAUUAAGACAUUCCAAGUGACAUUAUCAUAA